CCGAUGACAACGCGCACACCCCCGGCGCUGUCUCUGCCCUGGGAUGUUCUUACUGCAGGAGUCGCUCGGCUCAGUCAGAGUCGGCGGCUGAGGGAGACAGAGGGCGCGCUGCUGGUGCUGAGGCUGAGGCUGCAGGUUGGCUCAGCCGUCCCGUUCUGUCCCGUCCAGCUCCCCUGCACUGCGUGUGGGUGUCCGGCAGCCUGGUGGCGAGGCGAUGACCGCCCCGGAGUUCAGUCUCAACGUGCUGACCAGGGACAUCUCCCUGUAUCUGGAGAACCAGGUCAAAGUGGGGCUCUUCGGCUCGGGAGUGGGGCUGUCGCUGGUCCUGGGCUUCAGCGCCGCGUACGCCUACUACUACCUGAGCUCGGUGGCCAAGAAGCCUCAGCUUGUCUCCGGGGGGGAGACCUUCUGCCAGUUCCUCCAGGAGCACUGCCCGGUGGUUUCGGAGACGUACUACCCCACCUUCUGGUGCUGGGAAGGCAGGAUCCAGACGCUGCUCCGGCCGUUCAUCACGGCGAAGCCCUGGGUGGAAUAUAGGAAUGAGCUCCUCAAGAUGGCAGACGGCGGGCAGAUUUCCCUGGACUGGUUUGACAACGACGACAGCGAGCGCCACCCUGACGCAGCCACGAGGCCCACGGUGCUCCUGCUGCCGGGCCUCACGGGAACCAGCCGGGAGUCCUACAUCCUCCACAUGGUCCAGCAGAGCCGGGAGCUGGGCUACAGGUGUGUCGUAUUCAAUAACAGAGGGGUGUCCAAUGAGAGACUUUUGACCCCUCGGACCUACUGUGCUGCCAACACCGAAGACCUGGAGGCCGCUAUUGCGCACAUCCAGAGUAUAACCUCAGCUGCUCCGCUGGUGGCGGCCGGGGUCUCCAUGGGGGGGAUGAUGCUCGCCAACUACCUGGGCCAGAAAGGCAGGGAGACGUGCCUGAGAGCCGCGGCUGUGUUCUCGGCCGGGUGGGAUGUGUUUGAGUGCACCGCGUCUCUGGAGAAGCCACUGAACCGCCUGCUGUUCAAUUCCUAUCUGACCAGCUGCUUGCAGGCCUCUGUCCAGAGACACAGGCAAAUUUUGGAGAAGCUUUUCGAUAUUGACUCUAUAAUGAAGGCGAACACCAUCCGGGAGUUUGACGAGCGAUUCACUUCGAUCAUGUUCGGAUACCCGUCCAACGAUGACUACUAUCGGGACGCCAGCCCCUGCCACAAGCUCAAGUCCGUGCAGGUCCCCACGCUGUGUCUGAACGCUGCCGACGACGUCUUCUCCCCGGGCGGCGCUAUUCCAGUGGAAGCUGUGAGGCAGAACCCCAACCUGGCCAUGCUCGUCACUGCUCAUGGGGGCCACAUUGGGUUCCUGGAGGGCCUGUGGCCCCGACACAGCACCUACAUGGACCGUGUCUUCAGGCAGUUCAUUAAGGCCAUCUUUGAGCAAGGAAGCACACUUCAGAACCUCUGACACCUCGAGUCCAGCACUUUGUCCAGUUUCACCACCCAAAAACAUGGAACAGUAAUCUCUUAAGGGCACAUCACUUUCAGCACACAAAAUCGAAGUUCAUUCAGUUAAAACAAAGAUGGCAGAUAAGUUAUCAACAUGUUUAGCACCAUCUCAGUUUUGUCUACACAAUUACUGCAGUGUGAAACUUGCUUUUGGAAGUGCAACUCAUAAGUUUAAUACCAUCCUUACAUUGUAUGUUACUUUACUAAUUACCUCUUAUUUUAAACAAAUGAUUUACUUAACGGUAGGUAUUAGUCCUCAGGGAUUUUGUUUAAUUGCGCACACAAUUUCUUUAAAUAUUUUAUUUUUUUUACAGAUAAUAUUUUUAAUGUCACAGAAAAAGAUCACAACAGGUGUUUGGUUUCCUAUUGAACUGUAGUGUUACGCAUGUAUUUUUCCACACAUUAUAGCACUGCACAUACCAAAUAGUUCAGAUAUAUUCAAGCUGUAUGACAGAAGUGUAUCUUGAUUUAAAAAUGACAAGGAAUGUGAAAUUGCACUUCUUCAGUUUAGAUAAUUUCUCAAAUAAAUGCACUUGGAGACAU